AUGAGAUUGUCUUCAUUAGGGGAAGAGCUUGAUGCUAUUACUCAUGAAUUCGAUUACGGUAUUGUUCCAGGCUCAGCUACUGUUUUUGUGAAGGACGAAGCAAACGGAAUAGGUCGAUUAGAUUUAACUCUUUUGGAAGGCGUUAUGAUUGUGUUAGAAGUUACUGAUCAGGGCUAUAAGGUUACUUCUUGUUCGCCCUUAUGCAACAUGGAUCCGGCACUAUCUACUGCUCAACUAGUGCAAGCGCACUUAGAGACGCCUUUUGAGAGCAUGGAGAACUUACUUAUGACAAUAUCGCCGAUGUUUAGAGACCGUUUCCAACAAGAAUUAUAUAAUAAGCUUCAAAGUGUCCAACAGCAUCAACAACAACAACAACAACAGCAGCAGCAACCGCCUUCGCAAAUGUUAAGCAAUAAUGAUAACCCGACCCAUUUAGAUCUUUUCUCUCAACCACCAUCCUCCAAUUCAGAACAAAACUCAUUAUUCCCAACCUCAGGCCCUUCAUUAUUUAACACAACCACUACCAUAACCAAUUCUCCCUUUACAUCCCCAUCUACAGAUUCAAAUAUGAAUAGUAUAUCCUCCCAGAUUGAUAUCGACACACUUCUACAAAACAUAAGUCCAGACAAAAAUAAUCCAUAA